AUGGAUCAUCCUCCUCACCACAGGAGAGGUCCUUGGUCCAAUACCGAGGACCGUUUUCUUUUGAAUCUGAUCGAACGUCACGGCCCUCUAAACUGGGUUCGCAUCGCCCAAAUUCUUGGGUCCCGUUCUCCAAAACAAUGCCGGGAACGCUAUCAUCAGAAUCUUAAGCCAUCUUUAAAUCAUGACCCGAUUACGCCAGAAGAAGGCGCCAUGAUCGAGAAUUUGUCAAAAACUGGUGGAACGGAAGUCAGAACCGAAGGAGGCGACUCGAGCGCCGGCGUGCUUCACUUGCGAUAUCAGCAACUGCAUCACUAUCGUCGACUUCGCCCUCGCCUUCGCCUGGAUAUGGUCACAGAAUGCAACGAGCUCCACUUUCACUCGUGA